AUAAUGUCAGCGAUUGUGUUGCCGUCGCUGCCGAUAAUGCUAUUGCUAUUGAUUGCAACUUCCUGUUUGGUGUGGUCGUCACCACCACCGAUGACCGCCGCCGCCGCUGCUGCCGACAACAGUCUAGACAAUCGCCAAUUGCUGCGGCGAUCGCCGACUAGUAGCGAAGUGUGUCAACAGGCGGCCGACAAAGUGGACAAAUGUUUUAGCAAUCGAUGGCAUCGACAACAGGUUAUACAUCCCGAACCUGACGACAACAUUGCAAAAGCUGAUCCCAGUCUGUGUUGUUUUAUAAUGGAGAUUAGCUGUGCAUUCAAACCGAUGGUUAAACAAUGUUUCAACGGAUCAGCCGAUGAUGAGCUAAACAAAGAGAUGAAACUGUGCGCCGACGGAGGUUUUCAGACCAAUGUGGCCAACUGUGCGACACUGAAGCCCAGUGCGAUCGCCGACAGCAAUCUGUGCACUGAUUAUAAGGACUGUUUUCUGGUCAGUGCCGGUGCUGUUGCCAGUGCUAAUACCGCCGCCACCACCACCACCGCCGCACAUGGACUUCAGUCAAUGAUUAUUACCGUUACAGUAGUCAUUGUAUUGGUUGAUUUGUGGGGAUGGGGCCCCACACAUUGAACACACAUAUUAUACAAACAAUAAUUUAAACACCCCCUACCCUCCA